CUACAAAACAAGUAGGUCGAUUCAAAAAGGAAGUAAAUAUAAAGUUUCAAGAUGGCGUCUGGUGGGUGUGAAAACACAUCAGAUGAGAUAUUCAGUUUUAAAUGUUCGCCUUGUCUGGUUAAUAAUCGGAAUAGAGAAGCUGUGAAAUAUUGUGUGGAAUGUCAGGGAUAUUAUUGUCAGUCCUGUGCUGAUGUUAUGCAUAUGAUGCCCGGUGUAAAAGGUCACACCUUUUUGGAUAAAUUAAAUUAUAAGUCAUCAAGACUUUCAGCAGGAUUACCAGCAGUUCCGACGGAGAGAUGUAGCAUUCAUGAGACAAAGAUCGUGGACAUGUACUGUGGUAAUCAUGAUGAGGUUGGUUGUACAACUUGCAUGGCUUUAAACCACAGGUCUUGUUAUGAUGUCCAAUCCAUUCCUGAUAUUAUCGAUAGUAAAUUUGAAACGACAAAUGUUGACAAAAUACACCAAAAGUUGCAAGAUAUGAAAAUAAUGAUGGAGAAAAUUAUGAAAACUAGACAAAGCCUGAUAGAAGACUUAAAAAAGUCUAAGAAGGAAGCAGUAAUGGCGAUAAAGGACUUUCGAAAAGAGAUGGAAACAAUUUUUGAACAACUAGAAAAGGAAUCGAUUAAAGAAUUGGAGAUGAAAUUCAUAGAAGAAGAGUCGAAACAGUUGGAAGAGAAGAAGAAAGCAGAAACUGAAUUAGAUGGUCUGAAACAAGCAAUGAACGACUUGAAGAAAACAGAAGGUAACAAAGCCCAACAAUUUGUCUCCAUGAAAAUGUCAUUGAAAAGAAUUGCAAACACGGAAGACGUAUCUCGUUCAUUGCAAACGCAUGUCGAUGCAGAAAUAUCAUUUAGCUUUGAUCCUGCUAUACCGGUAUUUCUACAGCAGUUGAAAACCUUUGGAUCGGUCCGACAUGAUUCUGCCACUGCCUUAAGAUCGCCAAGGACAACCGUCUAUUCUGUUAAAGGUAUUGAAAAUUUAAACAUUAGAGUCCAGAAUGACAACACAAAAACAUGUAAUGUGUAUGGGUCCUGUCUAACUGAAGAUGGAACACUACUGUUAGCUGAUGAUUUUCAUAAAAAGAUUAAACGUGCAGAUAUGGUGAAAAUGUCAGUGACAGAUUAUUGCUGUGUUCCUGCUGGACCUUAUGGUGUCUGUUGUACAAGUAAAAUCGAAGCUGCAGUCUGUCUUAACAAUAAAACAAUUCAGUUUGUCUCCCUUGGAAAUCAGAUGACAAUCACCCGUCAAAUGAAAAUGAACCAUCAUUGCUUUGACAUUACUUAUAAGGAUGAUAAAUUAUACAUAACUGACGACGCCGACUCAUUAUACAUACACGAUAUGGCUGGAAACGUGCUACAGACGGUAACUGGAAACAACAUCAGGAAAAAUAUGUUUGCAAAUUCCCGAUUUAUUGCUUUCAGUGAUGUUGAUGAAAAAAUGUUUGUUGCUAGUUGGCAUAAAGGUCUAGUUAUUAUUGAUGGUAAAGGAAACCACUGUCAGACCAUCACUGAUUCAGAAUUAAAUGUAGCGUCAGGAGUUUGUACAGAUCGUAGAGGAAAUCUGUUUGUUUCCGGGUUUAGUUCAAAUAACGUGAUACAGAUAGGGAGAGAUGGGAAGAAACUGGGAGUGGUCGUGAAAUCAUCAGAUGGACUGACGAGUCCGUUAUCGCUUUGUUUUGACAUGAGACAGAGCAAACUAGUCAUUACCCAAUACAACAGUGAUGUAGUGAAAAUAAUCCAUUUGCAAUGAAAAAGGCAAUUAAUAAACUUUAUUACUGUUUGAUGUAUUGAUGUUUGAUGCAUACCAUUCUUUUCUGUGUUAUAUAUGAAUUAAUGCUUCAUAUUUAUUUAAUGUUUAAACUAAACUAAAUGACAGGUCGUUUCUUACUUCCAGAUUUACUCGUCAAUUUGUUUUUAACUUGACAUUUGAAUCAGGCCUAAGACCACAGUUAUUUUUACUAAAUGUUCUAUAUAGGCACUUGACACUAUAGCACUUUUGCAUGCAUUCCAACCCCCAUAAAAAUACCUGAACUCAACAGCACUAUUUAAGAGAAAAUAUUCCAGCCACAGUAAACAUUGGGUUGACCGGCUCUUUUUUCCACCAUUUUGAACCAAAUCACAUGCGUAUGAAGAAUACUCUCGAGAUGGCCGCAAACAGGCAAAACAGGCCCUAUCAAAAAGUCAUCUUAUGCAUAUUUUGACAUUCUCAUUCUGUCAAAUUGUACAUGUACCUACUAUUUCAUAUCUCCUCUAUUAAAUCAUGCCAUUUAUUGCAGGUCUUUCACUCAAAAAUUCACCAAUAUUCACCAUCAAACAGAGGAACUAUUUUCCGCGUAACCACUUCCGUAUUGCAAAUAACUGUGGUCUUGUGCCUAUUUAGACCUAUUUUUCUCUUCAAACUAAAAAAAAAUUUACCAGUACAGUCUCAGAUGUAUAGCAAAUUGAAUCUGAAAGUUACACCUUUGUUGAACUAUGCACUAAAAUUUGACAGCUUCCAAUGUUACACAUGGUAUCGGUCAAAUCUGAGCGAAAAAAAAAUUCGCGUACUUUUCAGAUGAAAAAAAACCCGCAAAAUUCUAUAACUUUUUUGUUUGAUGAGAUUUUCACCCAAAAUAAAAAACAGCAUGUUUCCUUAUUACAUAUCUAUCCAAAUUAAGAGCCACUUCAAGUCUGAUUACAAUAUCACUGUUCCAAUUUUAGGAAAACUAUUCAUUUUACAAAAAGCAUGUCGAAACGCGUAGUCUACUCAUACGAAAAAGUAAAAUGUGAACUAAGAAAAAUCCUGUAGCUGUCACAUUUGCCCUUUUUAAGCAGCCCAGUAUGUUGCAAAUAUGAGAAUGAAUAGCUUUUGUACAUAUAUGUGUCAUAUACUUUUUAGUGAUCAUUCAUUUAUGGCUACCCUAGGUAAAAUGAGCCAAACAGCUCUGAAAAGUCCAAUAUGUGGGCUUACUAAAAAGCUUACGAGUCUUUCUGGAAUGUAUAUUUCACUCAAAUCUUACAGUUUACAGGCAUUCAGUGCACUCUGUAAAUGAAACAUGCACACCAUGACCAUUUACACUGCACAAAAUCUGACAUUGUGUAUCACAGCUGAGCUUUCUGGCAAAAACAGCCCCUAUCUCUAUAAAGAAUGAUUUUAAUGUACAUCACUGCCUGCUGAAUGUUCCAAACUGGCUAAAUUUCAGCAAAAACCUUAAUAAAUAUCAACCUGAGAAACUACAACUGGUGCUCCUAAUUUUUCCGGUGACUAAUAUCAAUGGAAGCGACCCUUCGUGUGAUCGAACCAGGAUGUUCUGUGUGAUUGGAAGGCCUGCGGCCGAACAACAUCUGAAAUAUGAGUCAAGCUAGUCAUAAUUGCUUAGAUUGAAUACUUAAACAGUUUACAUGAUUGUAUGUAUGUGCAAACUAUAUUUCAAAACAAUCUGACUGCAAAGAAAGUGUGAAAUGCUAAAAAGUGCCCCUCAAAGCACCUUUUUUAUGAACAUUUA